AUGAGUACAGACUUCCAGAAAUUCCUUUUUGGCAUUUCUGAGGCUUUGGUCACAGAUGAACUGGAGGCACUGAAGUUCCUCAGCCUGGAGCACAUCCCUAUGAGGAAGCUUGAAGCCAUCCAGGAGCCCAAGGCCUUCUUCGAAGUGCUACAGGAGAAAGACAUGAUUGAGGCAGGGAACCUGGCCUUCCUGAAGGAGCUGCUCUUCUUGAUCAGUCGGAUGGACUUGCUGGCUGCGCACCUGGGCUCCAGCCGAGAGGAGAUGGAGAGAGAGCUUCAGAUCCCAGGCAGGGCAAAGGUGUCAGCCUACAGGCAACUGCUAUAUGGAAUUGCAGAGGACUUAACUCCAGAAGAUGUCAAGAGUGUUAAGUUCCUGCUCCAAAAACAAAUACCAAAGAACAAGCUCCAGGAUAAUGCUUCAAUGUUGAAGGUCUUACUGGAAAUGGAAAGAAAUGGGAUAAUUAAAGAAGAUAACCUGACAAUGCUGAAAGAUAUAUUAAAGGGAUUUAGACUUGACAUAAAGAAAAAAAUUGAUACCUAUGAAGAAAAAAAAAAAGAAAAUGAUUCUAAGGAAAAACUCCACUAUCCAGUGUCUGUGUUUGUGCAUCCAGCAGGACAAGGAGCAGAGGGGGUGACCCCACACCUGCUUGUGGAAUCAUAUGAGAUGAAGAAUAAUCCCCAUGGUUACUGUGUGAUUCUUAACAACUACAUUUUUAAAAAUCCAUAUGAAGCCAGAGAAGGAACAGUGAAAGAUGGAGAGGCUGUGAAGAGGGUGUUUAAGUGGCUUCAGUUUGAGACAGUUGAGCACAUGGAUCUAGAAGCAAAGCAAAUGUAUGCAAAAGUUAAAGAAUACAGCAAAAAAGAUCAUAGUAACAUGGACUGUUUUGUUUGCUUUAUUUUUUCCCAUGGUGAAAAAGACAAAAUAAAAGGCGUUGAUCAUGAGUUUGUAAAUAUUAAAGAUUUACUCUCCUGCUUCAGUGGAUCUAAUUGUCCUUCUCUUGCUGGCAAACCCAAGCUGUUUUUCAUCCAGGCUUGCCAAGGCUCUGUAGGUCAUCCAGCUGUCACAGUAAAAGAAGACUUUUCUGACCAUCUUGAGACAGAUGCUACUCCUCUGCCUUCCAUUCCUGAUCAGGCUGAUAUUCUGGUUGGUAUGGCUACAGUGGAAGACUAUGAGUGCUAUCGCUGUACAAAGACUGGCAGUGUUUACGUUCAGUGCCUCUGCAACAAGAUGGAGUUGCUUUGCCCACUCCGCAAGGAUCUCAUAACCAUCCUGACAGAAGUGAACAAGGAAGUGGGAGGAAGAGUAUUAAAUGGAUGGAAGCAGAUGCCAAAGAUAACAUCAACCCUACGGAAGCAAUUGAUCUUCCGAAUUCCACAAUGUCAGUCGAUUGAAAAGCAGAAAAAUAAGAAUACACUCAGUUAG